CACAUUGCGCACGAUCGAUCAUGCAGUUGUUGUCUUUUCUUUCUUUUUUAUCUAAUUGCAUCAAAAUCUCCUUUGUCAGCAGGGUUUAAAUGCAGGAGAACAGGAGUUAUUCCUCGUUUUGAAGCGGAUAUGCAGUAGCGUGGGUCGGAGCAGAGAUGCGUACCGCGCAGAGCGAACUCCAUCUUCUCUGCAAAUAGGCAGCGUCCAAGAGCCGAAAAUGUCUAAGUCGGAGGUGAAGAAGGAGUCGGGUGAUUCCAGUCCCUCGGAGGCCUCCUGUCUCUAUUCUCCUGCGGCCAAGAACCAGUGCGCCAGCUGCGGCUUGGAGAUCCACGACCGAUAUCUGCUCAAGGUGAACAACCUGAACUGGCACCUGGGCUGUUUGGAGUGUUCCGUGUGCAGAGUGUCUCUGAGCCAACACAGCAGCUGCUACGUGAAAAACAAAGAAAUCUACUGCAAACUGGACUAUUUCAGUAGGUUUGGCACCAAGUGCGCUCAGUGUGGUCGGCAGGUGUACGCCAGCGACUGGGUACGACGAGCUCGGGGCAGCGUGUACCACCUGGCCUGUUUCGCCUGUUACUCCUGUAAGAGGCAGCUGUCGACCGGGGAGGAGUUCGGCCUGGUGGAGGACAGGGUGCUCUGCCGCAGUCACUAUGACAUCAUGCUGGAAAACCUGCGCAGGGCAGCAGAAAACGGGACAGGACUGACCCUGGAAGGAGCGCUGCCCUCUGACCAGGACUGUCAACCCAAACCAGCCAAGAGGGCACGGACGUCCUUCACUGCCGAGCAACUGCAGGUGAUGCAGUCUCAGUUCGCUCAGGACAACAACCCUGACGCUCAAACUUUACAGAAACUUUCAGAAAUCACAGGCCUCAGCAGAAGAGUCAUACAGGUUUGGUUUCAGAACUGCCGUGCCCGACACAAAAAGCAGCCGCUCCAGAACACUUUCUCCCAGAGUGCUCCUCUGUCCAGGAUGCCGCCGUCACUUCCAGAGGAUAUCCACUAUUCUCCGUUCAGCAGCCCCGAGCGACCACAUCUACUGGCUCUGCACGGAUACUUGGACACUCAUCCCUUCUCCGUACUGGCAGCUCCAGGACAUUUGACCCACCCAUCCAUCUCUUUACCACAGCUUCCUAUCAGCCGCUGACCUCCCGUCUCCACGUCUGUCCCUCCUUUUUGUGACCUAAAAUAAGAAAAAAAAAGGAAAAAAAAUGACAAAUCUAUUUUUUUAGCUCCCGUGGUACUGUUGUUGUGUCUGCACUGCUGUGGAGGAAAAAGAAGGAACAACCAGACAAUCUGUUUCCAAUCACUCCGCUCCUGAGCUUUGACACUGUAAAGUUAUGACGGGGUUGUAGGAUCAGCAGAUUGUGGUCACGGGAGAGACACAGACUGCCUUCUAGAAUUUUCUAUACUUGUGUAAACAAACACCACUUAAAUUUCAUUUCACUUUAUGUUUCUGUAAAAGGACAGAAGACACCACAUCAGGUCCAUUCCUUCAUGUUAAUCCCAUCAUGUACAUCAGUGUUUCCCAACUUUUUUUCUGGGGACCCAUAGUUUAAAAGUCACAAACCCU